AUCAAUCACGGAUGUAGAGCAUGGCAUCAAUAGCUCUAGCUUGAUUCAAAACAACCACGAUAGGAAAGCAAAGCACGAUUCAUUUUGUUUUAAUAACUUUUGAUGUGGCUUCGUGGCUCUUAAGUGAACGUUGAAAUUAGAAUUUCAACGUUCUGUAAAUUAAAUAUUUAUUUCAUAUAGAAAUUCCCGCUGUUGGAGUUUGUCAGAGUCAGAAGAAGGGCUACUUUAGUACGUACAAACAAACAACGUAGCGGUUGCCGUGAUAGACGUGACGCACGCGUGUGGCUGCUGCCUGCGGCGUGCUCCGGAUAAGGACCUGAUGACGCCGUACACACAUCUCGGCAUAACGGAGAUAUAUGCCGACAUGAUCAAAGGGUGCUUUGACAUAAAUCUGGUAGUGGGCGCCUCGGGCUCGUGCGGAAUCUGCUCGGCGUGCGUGGGCCGCCUGCGAGACGCGUGCGCCUUUAAGCUGCAAGUGCAGCGCAGCCAGACGGAGCUGCAGGCGCGGCUGCAGGGAGAGAGCGUGGAAGGUGAAGAAUCUGCAGUUGAGCCAGAAUAUCCAGAAAUGCAGUAUGAAGAUGGGAUCAGUGAGUCUGUAUCAGUGUGUUCGGAUGGCAGCGCCGCCCGCGCCAGGGCACAGCUCGCGAUAGGUUGUUUCGUGGUGCUCGAGCGCCUCCGCGACGACGCGACUGUUCGCAGUGGAGGCAAACCAUACAUAUGCGAACACUGUAACGAAAGUUUCAGGAACAAGUCUAUUUUAAGAAAACACAUUGAACACACUCACUUAUCGACCGGAAAAAAAACAUUUGCUUGUGAUUUUUGUAGUUCUAUGUUUCAAACCCCAUUGCUUGUAAUUGAACACGAGAAAAGUGAACAUGGUGUUACAAAUUUCAUGUGUGCUGAAUGUGAGUAUGCAACAAGUUCCAAGAAAACUUUAGAGACUCAUUUAAAGAGUCACACUUUGGGGAAUAACUUUAAUUGUAGUCACUGUGAUUUCAAAUGCAGCGUUGAAUCAAACCUGCGACGUCAUCAAAAGACGCACAGUCGGAGACACCUCACUGGAAAACAGCCUUUUAAAUGUAGUCAAUGCGACUACAAGUGCAGAACUGGGUAUUUGUUACAAAUUCACGAAAGGAUACACACUGGCGAGAAACGCACGCACGCAAAUCGCAAAUUCAGUGACAAAUCAUCUUUAAAAACACUGAUACAUACUGGGGCGAGGCCAUUGAAAUGUAGCUAUUGCGACUACAGGUGUGGGCAUGCAGGCAGCUUGCUAAGACACCAGAGGACACACACUGGAGAGAAGCCGUACGCAUGUAGUCAUUGCGACUACAAGUGCAGUGAUAAGUCAAGCUUAGGCAGACACGAAAGGAUACAUACUGGCGAAAAGCCUUUUCAGUGUAGCUACUGUGAUUAUACAUGCACGCAAAAUUCAAACUUACGAAAACACGUGAUGACACAUACUAAGGCAAAGCCAUUUAAAUGUAGCGAUUGCGACUAUAGGUGUCAGCAGGUAGGAAACUUGCUAAGACACCAGAUGAUACACACCGGAGAGAAGCCGUACACAUGUAGACAUUGCGACUACAAGUGUAAUCAGACAGACAGCCUACGGUCGCACCUAAUAAGGAUCCACAAUGACAAGAUGCCUUUUCAGUGUAUCCAGUGUAAUUACAAAUGCAGUCUGAAAUUAGAGCUAAAAAAACACCUUAUGAUACAUGAUGGGGCAAAGCCAACAAAAUGUAGCGAUUGCGACUAUAGGUGUGGGCAGGCAGGAAACUUGCUAAGACACCAGAGGAUACACACCGGAGAGAAGCCGUAAACAUGUAGACAUUGCGACUACAAGUGUAAUCAGACAGACAGCCUACGGUCGCACCUAAUAAGGAUCCACAACGACAAGAUGCCUUUUCAGUGUAUCCAGUGUAAUUACAAAUGCAGUCAGAAAUUAGUGCUAAAAAAACACCUGAGGACACAUGAUGGGGCGAAACCAUAAAUGUAGCUAUUACGACUACAAAUGCAGUCAGAAAUCUCAUUUAAAAAGACACCAGACGAUGAAUACUACGGCGAAGCCAAACAAUGUGGUGUUUGCCACUACUAGUGUCGUCAGGCUGUAGUGCGUAAUCACGAAAAGAUAUAUUCAGGAGAAUAACGGUAUAAAUGGAGUCAUUGCAACUACAGGGAGAAAAGAUACUUAGGAUCCAGAGAUUACAUAGUAAGGAGAAGCCCCAUACCCACAUCCCACUGUAAGUACGCAAGUCAACGCAUUAUAAAAUCACCUAAGAACAAAACGUUUUUUUUAAGGCGGUUCCCUGAGCCAGAAGGCUAAAAAUCUCUCAUAAUUUUCUAAGAGACGUUGAUAUUUGUAGACAUGGAAAAAAUAUAUGUAGUUCUUGAU